UUACCGGCAGCUCCGCUUGACAACCGCAACCUGAGAGAAAAGAGACGCAGCGACAGGGCGGCGCGGCCCGUGCACUGGGGCUUAUACUGGGAGGGACGCGGUCCACGGCUGGCUAGCUGGGUUCACGGAGACAACAAAGCCGGCCGGGAUUCUGGGACCGGAGACUGGAAACCAGACCUUCACAAUGACGGCUGAAGAGACCGUGAAUGUCAAAGAAGUGGAAAUUACAAAGUUGAUUUUGGAUUUCCUCAAUGCCAAGAAGCUGCACAUCAGCAUGCUGGCCCUGGAGAAGGAGAGCGGGGUGAUAAACGGGCUCUUUUCUGAUGACAUGCUUUUUCUCAGGCAGUUGGUCCUUGAUGGUCAGUGGGACGAAGUCCUUCAGUUUAUCCAACCGCUUGAGUGUAUGGACAAAUUUGACAGAAAAAGGUUCCGGUACAUAAUUCUAAAGCAGAAGUUUUUGGAAGCGCUGUGUGUGAACAAUGCAAUGUCAGCAGAAGAGGAGCCCCAGCACCUGGAAUUUACAAUGGAAGAAGCUGUGAAGUGUCUCCAUGCCCUCGAAGAGUACUGCUCCUCUAAGGAUGACUACAGCAAGUUAUGUCUUCUGCUCACACUUCCAAGGCUCACAAACCACACAGAGUUUAAGGACUGGAAUCCAAGCACGGCCCGAGUGCACUGCUUCGACGAGGCCUGUGCUAUGGUAGCAGAGUUUAUCCCUGCUGAUAGGAAACUAAGUGAGGCAGGUUUUAAGGCCAGUAAUAACCGCUUGUUUCAGCUCGUCAUGAAGGGCCUGCUGUAUGAGUGUUGUGUGGAGUUCUGCCAGAGUAAGGCCACUGGAGAGGAGAUCACAGAAAGCGAGGUCCUACUUGGAAUUGACCUUCUUUGUGGUAAUGGAUGUGAUGAUCUUGACUUAAGUCUCUUAUCAUGGCUUCAGAAUUUGCCUCCUAGUGUGUUUUCUUGUGCUUUUGAACAGAAGACACUGAAUAUUCAUGUUGACAAACUUAUGAAGCCCAGCAAAGCUGGCUAUGCAGACCUUCUCACCCCACUCAUUAGCAAACUAUCUCCCUACCCUUCCUCUCCAAUGAGGAGGCCACAGUCUGCAGACGCAUACAUGUCUCGCUCGUUGAACCCGGCCUUGGAUGGUCUUACGUGUGGGCUGAGUGGUCAUGAUAAAAGAACAGUUGAGCCUGGAAGUAAAACUUCACCAAUGUCUCAUUCAUUUGCUAACUUCCAUUACCCUGGAGUGCAGAACCUCAGUCGCAGCCUAAUGUUGGAGAGCUCAGACUGUCACAGUAUCUAUGAAGAGUCUUCUGAAAGCAGAAGUGAUACUCCCCAGGAGAAAGACAUUCCCGGCAGUAGUGAGACCUUGUGCCAAAACAUCAGCCCCGAGAACAAUCUCCAAGCAGCAGCAUCGUGUGACGGGCCAGAACAACCAGAGAGAAAUGAGCUGCGGGACUCUACAGAACAGUUUGAAGAAUAUUACCGCCAGAAGAUGCGUUACCAGCAGCACCUGGAACAGAAGGAGCAGCAAAGGCAGCUCUAUCAGCAAAUGCUGGUUGAGGGGGGAGUCAACCAAACAGAGGACUCUGAACAUCCCCAAAAUCUCACUGAACAGUUUCUUAACAGGUCUAUCAGAAAGCUUGGUGAGCUGAAUGUCGGGAUGGAGCCUCUUAGUGAAGAGAUUCAGACAAAGAGCAAUCCACACAAUGGGCCCAGAGACAGCAGCUCAUCUGCCACCAAUGGACCUUCUCCUAUAGUAACCACUUCUCUAGGAAAUCAGCAGCCUGAUGGACAGAACAUAAAUACAAGCACUCCUAGGAAGCGAGAAGCCUCUACCCAUAUACCUUUCCCAGAAGAGUCACCAGUGUUCGGAAGUUCAGGUGAAAGACAGAACCUUGAAGAACCCCUAACUGCUAGUGCAAGGAAAAGUUCAGAGCCAGAUGGAAAAUCAAAGCAGCAGUUUAUCUGUCUGACAACCCUGGAGGAUACUCAAGCAGUCAGAGCUGUGGCUUUUCACCCCAGUGGGUCACUUUAUGCUGUUGGAUCGAAUUCCAAGACUCUUAGAGUUUGCGCUUACCCAGACUCAUUGGAUACUACCAGCACCCCAAGCAGCCCCAUACAGCCAAUGGUUCGAUUUAAGAGGAACAAACACCACAAAGGGUCCAUUUACUGUGUGGCCUGGAGCCCGUGCGGGCAGCUACUAGCUACUGGGUCUAAUGACAAGUAUGUGAAGGUGCUGCCUUUUAAUGCUGAAACAUGUAAUGCAACAGGCCCAGAUUUGGAGUUCAGCAUGCAUGAUGGGACGAUCAGAGACUUGGCUUUUAUGGAAGGGCCAGAAAGCGGUGGUGCAAUAUUAAUCAGUGCAGGAGCAGGAGACUGUAAUAUCUACACUACAGACUGCCAGCGUGGGCAGGGUCUUCAUGCAUUAAGCGGGCACACCGGGCAUAUCUUGGCUCUUUACACUUGGAGCGGUUGGAUGAUUGCAUCAGGAUCUCAAGAUAAGACUGUCAGAUUUUGGGAUCUGCGGGUUCCCAGCUGUGUUCGAGUGAUUGGAACUACUUUCCAUGGAACAGGCAGUGCAGUGGCCUCAGUGGCAGUGGAUCCUAGUGGAAGGCUGCUUGCCACAGGCCAGGAGGAUUCUAGUUGUAUGCUGUAUGACAUCAGAGGAGGUCGAAUGGUACAGAGUUAUCACCCACACACCAGUGAUGUGCGGUCUGUCCGAUUCUCCCCGGGAGCACACUACCUGCUCACUGGUUCUUAUGACAUGAAGGUUAAAGUCACAGAUCUACAAGGUGAUCUUACAAAACCUCUUCCAAUCAUUGACGUUGGUGAGCACAAGGACAAGGUGAUCCAGUGCCGGUGGCAUACACAAGAUCUCUCCUUCUUGUCAUCAUCUGCGGACAGAACUGUAUCCCUGUGGGCUUACAAUGCUUAACCAGAGACUUCACAAGUUAGGUCGACUUUCACUAGGAGGCUGAUUUGACUUUUUCCGAUCUGGCCUCCAUUAUCUUGGUUUUACAGCUGAACCUCUAAGCUGCCAGAGAGGUUAGUUACUGAACGACUGCAACCAAAAAUCUAGAAUAAAAUCAUAGCUACAUCAUGCUGUAGUAGUGCAGAUGAAAGGCGGUAACGCGAGGUAAAGGAGGCUGUCACCAGCCUCGGGUCAGUCGUAGAUAAAGAUCAUCUAAGAUAUACAUAUGUGUAUAGGAUUUUUUUCUUUUCCUGCUUUAUCAGUAUGUGAGUGGGAUUUUUUUUGUUUGUAAGAGCACGCAUCUCUGCAGAACAAAAUUGCAUUCUUAGCUUACGCUAAAAUGAGCAGUAGCACUUUGAAAUGGCGAACACAGCAGGACAGUUUGACCACACUCAAGUCUGUGGACACUUUUAUUUGACAACUGCACCUUAAUAUACACAUUACUACCCAAGAGAUCGGUGUAAGUAAUAGCAGAAUGUGCCAAUAUGAUCUGGAAUUCAUUAAAUUAAAGGGGUUGUCUUGGGGCGGGGGGGGGAUCCAUUUUUUUAAAGGGCCAGAAUAGGCUUAGAAUAAAUAUUGGUGACCUCCCCGAUUCGCUGUUUUCCCGGUGUUGCUUCUGUCCCUGACUCUCUACUUGCUGGUCCUGGCAGAGGUUGGUCACUGCUGUGGGUGGUGACUGGUAGUAGGGAGCAGCGUCAGAACAUCAGCAGGGGACCAGUGAAAUUACUCUUUAAAAUUAAAAAUGCUACCCCCUGUACAACCACUUUGAAUAUGAUGGCUACCAAAGACCUAUAAAGUUUACACUGCAGAUUUAUCUAGUUUUCUUAGUUACAUGCUGUUAAAGUAGAUUCUCUGUAAGGUAUACAUGUGAUGAAAAAGCAGACUGAUUCUGAAAGGUUAGGAAUCCCCUAAAUCUCUAUAUGGCCCUCUCUUUUGCAGGAAGAAUUUGGUGCAGAAUCCGGCUUCCCUUGUUUUUAAUGGGAGGCCGUUUACAGCUGCAACUGCACCAAGAAUGGACAUGUUUGUUUUUGGCGCAUUUGUGGUAAUAAGCCGCAGCCUCUCAUUGUAUUGGAAGGCUUACUCUGCGCGGCUAGCGGCGGCUUUUUGGCAAGGAAUCUGCCAAAUUCCACUGUCCAUUGUCAUCCCCUUGGGGUCCAUUCACACAUCCGCAAAAUGAGUCUGCAUCCGUUCCGCAAUUUUGCGGAACAAGUGUGGACCCAUUCAUUUUCAAUGAAGCUGGAAUGUGCUGUCCGCAUUCUUGUCUGCGGACAAGAAAAUGAAUUUUAUAUUAGAGUGUCGGCGAUGUGCGGUUCGCCGGUGUCCGUGUUUUGUGGAUCCGCAAAACACAUACGGACGUCGAAAUGGACCCUUAUCAGAACUAUUAUUUACCAGGUGGUAGCUUUAGCAGUGCCAGAGCAGAUGAACAAAAUGUGAUGGGUACACCCAAAGAUCAAAUGUCAUUGUAGAAAUGCGUUUUAGGGUAGGACCACAUGCAAAUUCACAGCAGAUUUUACCCCUGCCACAUUGAAAGGGGUCAGUUCCCAAAUCUGCACCAUAGGUCACUUUCAGCUGGAAGUUUCUACAGCAUGUGGAUCCAGCACAUACCUGCUGCUGCAUGUCACUGGAUUUCACCUGCACCAAUCCCAGAGUAACAACCAUAGCAAUUUUGUCCCAUGUGGACUUACCCUAAGGCCUCAUGCACACAGCCGUGUUCCGCGGCCGAGAGCGGACUGUGGAAACCAAUGACGCCGUGCGCUCAUGCCGUCAGGAGGAAUCCCGGCCGGGUUUCCACGGUCUGCUCUCGGCUGCGGAACACGGCCGUGUGCAUGAGGCCUUAGGCUGAUAUGUUUCCAUAGUGAGCAGAAAACUUAAAGGAGGUUUCUGGUUUUAUAGUUAAGCUUAUAAAAAAUGUAACUAUCCAUUAUACUUUGUAUUACAGUCCACCCUGAUUGAUGUGCUGUUCAACCAGUUCCCCAACAGCGGGAGUAAAAAAAAAUAAUUUCAGAGACUUUUCUGCUGAUGACCUAUCCUCUGGAUAGGUCAUCAGUAUCUUAUUGGUGGGGGUCUGACUCCCAAGACCCUCGCCGGUCAACUGUUUGAGAAGGCACCGGUGCUCACAGUAGCGCCAUGGCCUUCUGGCUCACCAAGCAUAGCGGCGUACAUUGUAUAGUGGCUGUGCUUGGUAUUGUGCUCAGCCCCAUUCACUUCAGUGGGGCUGAGCUGCACCUCCUAGGUCAUGUGCCCAAUGAACAUGACAUCACAUGGCCUAGGGAAAGGUGUGAGAUGGCUGCAAAAGCUGGUGCCUUCUCAAACAGCUGAUUGGUGGGGGUCCCAGGUGUCGGAAAUUUAGAAAAACCCUUUUAAGAAAUAACGUCAAACUGAAAUGCAAAGUAUAUUAGAAAGUUGCAUAAUGUUAAACAUGUAUAAUAAUUAGGCUUUAUUUACAUAACGCACCCUACAGGUCAUCUCUACUGUGAAAGUGGAGAUCAGAAUACCAUCUGUAAAGAUUGCUGGGGGUCCCAGUGGCCAGAUCCCCUCUAAUUUCACAACACGGCAUGCCUAGAUCACUAUAGUGUGAUUUUUCAUCAGUUUUAAUCAGUCCAAAUACAUAACAACAUGUAGCUCCUUAUGAACGUGUGGUUGGGACUCUCUUCUACCACCCGUAGUGAAACACGUGGGCACUGUUAUUAGCACCCUGCUCUUUACUUUUCACCUCACAAAGAACAGACUUUUCCAUCUUCCAUUUGUAGAAUGUAUUGGGCCUCAUUCACAUUCACAGGUUGCCACCAGGGGCAGCACAACAGUAUAUUUUUUUUGCUUCAGUAGUUAUGUUGUAGUUCUCUGCAUUCCAGUGCUGCCAAGUGUGAAUGAGGCCUUGAUGUACCAUGUAAUUUGCUACAGUAGACAGAGGUGCCUUUUGGAAUGAAUAUGGUUUUUAAAAUUUUGUUCCCACUUUGCAGCGGAAAAAAAUAACCUUUUUUAAACUUUGCUUUAUGGAUGAAAAUGACUGCACCCAAGAACCAGAGAUGUUACCCAGAGCACCCAAUGGAAUUUCCACCUCUAUCCUUAGUGAUUGCUUUGGGCAACACCUCUUGUCCUUGUUAGAACCAGUGGCCCUAUGGAUCAGAGUUUUGUUUGGGAUCUGCAACUACUUUCUCCAUGAGGUUCCAUUAUGCAGUUUUCCAUAGUAGUAGUUCUAAUGCAGUAUUCUAGUACUCCUCAUUAAUGGGGUUGUGCCACCAUCCCAUGUAUAGUUAAUUAUAUAGAACACAGCAGUGUUUCUGCUUCAGGCUCUGUGCAAUACCAAUCAGAAGGCUCUCACUUUAAAGGGGUUGUCCCAUUACAACAAUGUAUCCCAUAUCUACAGGAUAAGAGAUAAGUGUCUGAUUGGCAGGGGCCUGACCACUGGGGUACCAGCGGGUCACUGGAAAUGGGCCCAUGUUCACCCGUUUGAAUGGAGCAGCGGACACACAUACACUGCUGCUUCAUUCAGCUCUAUGGAGCUCCUGGAGAUUUCCAAGCACUUGUACACAGCUAUCUCCAGCAGUCUCAUAGAGUUGAACGGACCGGCAGCAAACCUAGUGUCCUCCACUUCAUUCAAAAGGGGGAACACAGGCGCCCGUUCUAGUGAUUUUGGCCCAGCAAUAGAUCCCCUUCCAAUCGGGCACAAUUUUUAUAUCCUGUUUAGGGAAUACAUUGUUGUAAUGGGACAACCCCUAAAGAAGAUCUGUCAUGACUUUUACAAAUGAAAAACAAUUGUCACCCCGACCACCACCUUUCUUUAAACCUAGCCCCCGUUAGUUAAGUUUCCCUAUAUGCUAAUUGAGUGUGGUUUAUCAAUGGAGCUGCAACCACAUCUCCUCUUUCAAGUUGGAGUCUUCUGCAUCUCUCUGAUACUGUCCAGUAAUCGUGGACCGAGUCAAUGGCCGGGCCCUAUACCACACAAGUCCUCUUUAACUGCAGCACAUGAACUGGAUGGUUCCACACACAGCACAUGCUUGGGAACCCGAUCUGAAGCUCAUUUAUAGAUGCAUAAAAUAGGUACCACUCUGAACACAAGGGGGCAGCAUCUUCCAUCAUUGAUUUAAAGGGAACCUGUCACCAUGAAAAUGCAGUUUAAUCUGCCAGAGCAUGUCUAGAAGCAGGAGGAGCUGAGCAGAUUGAUAUAUAGUCUUAUAGGGAAAAAAUCCAGCAAAACUUGUAAUUUAUUCAUUUACAUUCUUGUGUAUUCUGGACUUUGAGGUAAAGGAGGCGUUCCUAUCAGUGAUGACAACCUUCCCUCUGACAGUGUAUACAGAGAGAGCUGUCAAUCACUGAUAGGUAGGACCGCCUCCUGGACUUCAGUCACUGACGGGACCGCCUCCUGGACUUCAGUCACUGACGGGACCGCCUCCUGGACUUCAGUCACUGACGGGACUGCCACCUUGACUUAAAAGCCCAGAAUGAGCAGGAAUGUAAAUUAAUGAAAUACAAGUUAUACUUUUCCCACAAGACAAUACAUCUGUUCAGCUCAUCCUGACAGCAUACUGUCUGUAGAUUGCACCGCAUUUUAAAUAUGGCAGGUUACUUUUAAAAUACAAUGUUCUAUAGUAUAGAAGGGGUAUUCUAGUUUUCAUUUGUUUUUAUAAUAGGAAAUUAUACAACUUUCAAAUAUACAUGUAUUUAAAAUUUUGCCUUUCUUAUACCAGGAUGUUGACCCCUAUCUGCACAGAAGAAUGGUAUAGUCCAUGAGUCAGUCAGUCCUGUGUAAUACAUCCAUGGCUUAACUGAAACAUGGCAUCAGUCAUGUGACACCCCAAUGACAUUCAGUAGGCAACAGUGUUAAAUGACAUACAUGCGCUGGGUCAGCACACAGGACACUUCCAUGGGGUAACUAGAUGAGACUAAUGGUGGAAACCAUUGUGACUAUCACAGCAACUAGUUCACUGUAUAUGUUUAUGUAGCUGCCUGUUUCCAGGUGAUAGGUAAAAUGGCUGCCUGUCUCUAGGUGAUGAUGGCAUGUUGUUAAUAAAGAUAACUAUAUGAAAAAACAACAAAUGCAGCACUUACUGAGGAGACUGGUAGAACAAUGUUAGGUGUGCUUCUACACUGACAGAUAUGAAGAGAUACUGCUGCAGGUAGUAGUAAUGUAUAUACUGUAUACAUAUGUGCUGCAUCUCAAUAAACUACUAUUCACCUGUUGGAUAUCUAGACAAGUCACAUGACAGGAUUGAGGGACACAUGACUGACGCCGUCUUUAGUCCUAUUCAGAUCUCCUAUGGAUGGAUUUUGCAGGAAUAAAAAGGGUCUUACCAGAGACGAGCCAUUGUGCAAAUAUAAUAAGUCUGUGAGAAUAUUUUAAACGUACAUCAGAAAAUUGUAUAACUGCCUAUAAGCUAAACAAAUAAGUGUAAUCAUGAAAACCAGAAUACCUUGUUAACUAUUAAUGAGACUAGCGUUGAACAUUUGGCGUGUGAAUAUCCUCUAAAUGAUAUUGGAAAAAGUAAGAGAAAAUUGUCUUAAAAUCUGAAAGUGCAGUUUAUACCUUUUAGCUGUAUGGUCACUGCUGGGAUGCUUGUACAGUGCUGCUUGCAGCUCACUAGCCUGCCUCCUUCUAGUCUGGGCCUUCAGAAGUCACUUCGCUGUGUCGUCAUUGAGGUGUCCACAUGUGAACAAACUCGCCACCCCUAUACAAUGCAAAUCGAGGCGCUCAACACUACUAUACCGUGCUGUAUGCUGAACUGUAUUGUAGGUGAAAUGCUGCUAGAAUUAUCCAGUGUUGAUCUUGAUGUUUUCCCCGUUUUUAUACAUAUACAGUAAUAAUAGGCAAUGUAAACCAGAAUUCCCUGUGUACCCUCUGCUUCAGUGGCCAGUAAGACAUCUCGGCGGCAGUGAUGGAGCUUGUGAUCUCACUUGGAGCCCACUAGGUGCCAGAAAGGGAAUAUCAUGUACGUGACUGCAUGGCACAUGAGCAUGAGAACCGUUUCCUAUGUUCUUCAGAGUAACAACCAACCUGGAUAUUAAGUCUUGCACUUGCGUAUUGUUUUCACUAUUUUUCUAUCAUACUGGUAGAAAUAGAGCUUCAAUGUUGUAUCCUCUAAUGUAAAUGCUAAUAUUUCUGGAUUCUGUUAAUACUGUAUAUUUUUAUUUUUGUUAAAUUAAAAAACAAAAAACCUAAGCCAGAUUUAGGAAAGUUUUAUUUAUUUGAUAUGAAGUGGAAUUAUUAUUUUGUUCUUUUAACAUACUAAACUCUGUGCACUGUACGUGUCUAUUUUAUACCUAUUGUUUAAUGUGGCGAUGUUUACUAUGGAAGUGUACCCGUUCUGCAAUAUGAAUAAAGAGAUCCAAGAUUCAU